AUGGCUGCGACUCAUUUUUCCACGCACAUUCUGCCGACCCCCCAGGUGCUAGAGGCGCUGUCGACCCCGACCCAGGCCCGGCUGAAGCGGCCUCGGCGCGACAAGGACGACUAUGUGCCGGACGAAGAAGACAUGCCACCCCUGGCGAGCGACGCGGGAGGGCUGCCGCAUCUCUCGUCGGACGAGGCGCGCCAGUGGCACGAGCGGAACAAGGUGUGGCUGCAGCACCUGCCUGCCUUUUACAUGGACAAGCUCUAUGAGCUGAUGUGCGAGCAUUCGCCGCUGUCCAUUACAAAGGAGGUGCUCUCGUGCUAUGUAUUGCCGCAGGUCGGCUCAUCGCCCGGCAGCUCCAGGCUGCGGGAGCGCAUCUUCUUUCCCGCGUCGCUACCGCUCUUCUCGCAAGAUACCAAAUGCGCAGCACUCCUACUUGCCACCCUUGCGGGCAGCCUCGCGCUGUCACCGCAUGCCGCCGAGGUCAUUGGCGCGCUGCGUGCGAUCGACCUGCACGGCCUUACGCGACUGCCCGCCGGCGCCGUGGUGCGCUUGCUCAAGGCGCCGCGCGCGCCAUGGCACCUGGUGCGUGUGACGCUGCCGGGGUGCCUGGCCGUCGACGACGCUACUGUCGAGGCCCUCGUGGAGGCAGCAGGCGCGUCGCUUGCGCACCUGGACCUGACGAUGACGUCCGUGAGCCCUGCUGCGCUUGUUGUGCUCGGCCGCGCCGCGCCGCGCUUGGAGCGCCUGCACCUCGCGUGGUGCGAUGGAUUUGCCGACGAGCGUGUGGCAGAAGCAGUCAGCUCGUGCAUCGCACAGGGCAUGGCGGCACAGCCUCCCGUGAUCCCGUUCCGCCACCUUCGCGAGCUGGACGUGUCGCAUACCAGCAUGGGCGACGUGGCGCUGGGCAGUGUGUGUGGGCUCAUUGGCCCGCAGCUCACGUCCCUCGAUGUAAGCUACACGCAGGUCGGCGAGGCGGGCACGCUCGACGUGCUGGCCAUGGGCCUGGGCCGCAGCGCCUCCGCGCAGCCCUCGCGCCUCACGCACCUCGGCCUGGCGGGGCUCUGUGUGCAUGCUGCGGCGCUCGUGCGCUUCCUGCAGGCGUUCCUGCCGAUGCGUGGCGAGGAGGGCCGGCGCAGUGCGCUGCGCUCCUUGCGUUUGGACGACCUCGUCGAGUACUCGCGGCGCGAUCCGACGUCGCUCCAGGGCCGCUGCGGGCUGUCCGGCGACACGCUGCACUGCGUCGCUGAAAUGGUGCAUGCGGCUGGGGCGGCCGGGCACGGCUGGGAGCGCGUGAGUGUGAGUGGCGAUAAGCGCCCUGCAUGCGCGCCGAGCCACUGGGCGCUGGCGAGCCAGCAGGGCCACUACUCGCUGGGCGAUACGCUGGCCCUGCUCAUGUCCAGCGUGGCGCACCUGCAUGUGGGCGGCCUGGAGAUGGCGGCUGCGCACUUGGCGCCGCUGCACGGGUAUGCACCCUCGGAGCAUCCGACGCAGCGGCGCCUGCGUGCCUGGUACGCCCCGGCGACCGCGCUGCGCGACGAUGCGCUGUCAGCGCUCGUGCCCUGGACGGGGGCCCUGGAGGCGGUGUCGCUGGACGACACACUCGUUACGCCGACCUCGAUCGAUGCGCUCGUUGCGGCGAACCCCGCGCUCGCGUGGAUCAGCCUCUCGCAGUGCCGCGGCGUGCCUGUGCGGCAGCGGCGCCGGGUCUGGGCCCCCAUGCCGUAG